AUGAACACCACAGACCAGCACUACCGCCAGCACCCACACCACCACCACCAACACCAGCAGCAACACCAGCAGCACUGGCCCCCCCACCUCCUGCACCCCCAGCAGCACUACCACCACCAGCUCUCCCUCAACCUCGACUCCCUCUCCGUCACCUCCCCAACCAACCUCUCCCCAAUAAACCCCCCCACCGCCGCCAUCUCCCCAGUGACCCCGCCGUUUCAGCAGCACCAGCACCAGCAGCACCCGUUCUCGUUCGAUCCAGUGCAACAGCCCGGCCAGCAGAGCCCCGGGCACUACGACGAGCAUGGCAUCCUCCAGCAGCCAGUAGCGGCUGCCCAAGGCACGGGCACGCCCUACGACACACGGCGCACAUCCACCGCCGCGCCCUCGCGCGCCUCGUCAUCCGGCGGUGGGGGCGGAGGGCCCUCCUCCCAGCUUCCAAGGAAACGCAGCUUCACCGCGCACCCCAACGCGUCCUCCACAUCCCUCGGGUCCAACAGCCCAGGGGGCGGCGUCGGGCCCUCUAGCGCCUCUGCGCCCCCGAGCGCCUCCUCCUCCGGGGGCCCUGGCGCGGGUCUGACGGUCAACGUGAACGUCGGCUCGACGCUCGUGGAGGAGAGCAUCGCGGGCGGGGGCAGCCCUGUGGAUGGCAGCGGCAGCACGAGCGGCGCGGAGGACUCGUUUGGCAUGAUCGGCAUGGGCGGGAGCAUGAACAUCCUCGGAAAGCCCAUGGCCACCAACAACUUUGUCACGAAGCUGUACCAGAUGAUCAAUGACCCCAAAUCGGCGCAAUUCAUCGCAUGGACGGAGCUCGGCACCUCAUUCGUCGUCUCGAACGUCGGCGAAUUCAGCAGGAGCAUAUUGGGGUCACAUUUCAAGCAUAACAACUUCUCGAGCUUCGUACGGCAGCUGAAUAUGUAUGGCUUUCAUAAAAUCAACCGGACACCCAGGGCCCAACGGACGUCAACCGACGCGCAGACAUGGGAGUUUUCGCAUCACAAGUUCCUGCGUGGCCGUCCGGAUCUGCUAGAUGAGAUUAAGCGGAAGGCGCUCGAGCCUGACCCGGGGAUGAAGCAUCGGGUUGAACUGCCUGGAGAAGUUGCUGCUCAACUGAACGCUAUGCGGGAUGAGAACAGGCGGGUAUGGGAUCAGCUGAACGCUGAGAGGAGGAAGGUGGAGAAGCUGGUCAAUGUUGUUGGUCGGUUGUGGGAUGUGGUGGGCAAGGGCUUCCCUGGAAGUGUACCCCAAUUCCCUCAAGAGCUGCUCGAGUCCUCAGAGAGCCCAAACAUCUACAUCACGUCACCCACCGCGACAUCGCGCUUCCCACCACCGCUCUCGAUGAACUUGCACGCGAUCCAUAACUUGAACAGCCCGAGCUCAAGUCCAACGACCGCCGACUUCCCGUCACAUUCGCACCACCAGCACCCGCAUUCAUUAUCGCGGCAGCACUCCUUCCAGCACGUCGCUGGAAGCAACUAUCGUGGCGAGUCGACGAGCUCAACGCCACUGCCCUCGUCGCCGGGCUCGGGCUCGAUUUCCAUGGACAUGUUCGACGACGGCUCGUGCGACCCUCCGCCGCCUUCAGGUCGGAACAGCGCCAAGCGUCAGCGGUUAGACGACUCGAGCCUCGGGAUCAACGUCAACAUGGGCAGUAUGGGCGGCGUCAACGUGAACGGCGACUCGAUGAGCAUGAUGUCGUCUGUCUCGUCACCUGGCUCGGGCCCAGGCGGCGGCCUCGCGAACCUGACGGUGCCGAAGAAGUCCAGUCGCGCACGGAGUGAUAGCGCCCCGAUGGGAUACGCGCAUGUCAGUAGUGGGCUCGGCUCGAUGGCCUCCUGGUCGCAGCCGAAUGGGAUUGGCAGUGGAGGCGUUGUGGGCCGCCCGAGGAGCGGUAGUGGUAUGAUGCCGAGGGGGAUCCCCAACAUCGGGACGAUGACGAGGAACAGCAACGCGAGCACACCGCUGUUGUCGAUCACGACUGCUGAGUCCGACUUGAACAGUCGGUGA